GUGAGUGUUCAUUUGGGUGUAUAUUCAGACAAGUAGCGGCGAGGGCUAAAUAAUCGAUUAUUUGAAAAAAGAAAAUGAUGUUUCCGCAUAUGCUGUUAGUGUUUCUAGUAAUAUUUCUGCUGUUAGAUGAUGUCUUCGCCUACGACAUCCACAAAUAUUCGCUGCUGAUGCCGGAGAUUCAUCCGGAUAAGGAUGAACUCUACUUAUGCACACCUGUUCGAAUAGUAAAUAAGCAAUAUUAUAUUGUUGGCUUUGAACCUAAUGCAACAAUGCAUGAUGUUCAUCAUAUGUUGUUAUUUGGAUGCUCAGUCCCUGGAACAACUGAUGAUGUAUGGGAUUGUGGAGAAAUGGCUGCUUCAGAUGGAAGCAAAAAUAUACGGCGAGCUAUACCUUGUGCUGAAGGAUCCCAUGUUUUAUAUGCUUGGGCUAGAGAUGCAACAAAAUUGAAUCUUCCAGAGGAUGUUGGUUUUCAAGUUGGUUUAGGCACAAAAAUCAAGUACUUGGUUCUCCAAGUACAUUAUUCAAAAAAAUUCCCUGGAAAUAAAUUAGACAAUUCUGGAAUUUCUCUUCUAUAUACUGAGCAACCUCAAAGUAAAUUAGCGGGAGUUAUACUAUUGGGUUCUGGCGGAACAAUUCCAGCGAGAUCAAUAUCCCACAUGGAGAUACAAUGUGAAAUUGAAGAAGAAAAAACGAUCUAUCCAUUUGCUUAUAGAACACACACUCACAGUUUAGGUAAAGUUGUUAGUGGAUAUCGAGUUAGAAAAGGCAAGGAAGGAGAUGAUUGGUUAUUGUUGGGUAAAAGAGAUCCGCUGACACCGCAAAUGUUUUAUCCAGUUUUUAAUAAAGAUCCUAUUUAUGGUGGAGAUAUUUUAGCGGCGAGAUGUACUAUGGAAAAUUAUAGGGAUCGAGAUACUUAUGUGGGCCCUACUAAUAAUGAUGAAAUGUGUAAUUUCUACUUGAUGUAUUAUGUGGAAAAUGGCAACCCAUUAGAUACAACAUUGUGUUUAUCAGACGGUCCGCCAAAAGAAUAUUGGUAUAAUUCAAAAUACAAUUUGAAUAAUAUUCCCGAUUUGGAAGCUUCUAAACUUUAAGAUGGAUUUUUUAACGACGGACGAAAAUAACGAUGCCAGUACUUCCUAAAUAACUAUAUAUGUGUGUUUUUAAUGUUUUUAGUAUAUGUUUUUGCAUUAUGUAGCAUAAAUACGUCACAGUAUUGAUAUAGCACAAUCAGAAUUAGGUAGCACAAUGUUUUAAAAAGAAUUUUUUAACUAACUCGAAUAUCUAGAACUAAAUGGGGCCAUGGAGCAUGUCUAUAUCAAUCUUAAAUGUACUACAGAUUGAAAAACAACAGAAAAGAUCUUAUUAAUUUUAAAUAUUUUUUCUAAUUCGCGCUCAGGGGAAAUCUCAUUUAAUAAUCUCAAUUACAAUUUUUUUUUGUAUAUUUUACUGCCUCUAAUUUUUACUUCCAGUGUUCAAACGUUGAUUUGCGUACCAAUCAAAAUUAAAUACAAACAUAUCCUUUUAUCGUUCAAAUCAACGUUUGACAAACUUAAAAACAUUCCUUCCGUUGGUUGUGAUUAUUUUCCAUUAUGCUUAAGUAGAUUCUACUUAUUUUUCAAAUAAAAAAAUGGAGUUAUAUGGCGGGGUAAAUAUUGUCAAUUUAUUUAAACUGAAAACAUAUUUAAGUUUAUUCCAAUAAGACAUUCUAUUCAAACGUCUUAUUGGAAUUAAACUUAUUAUCUAUAUUUAAAAUAUAUUUAUUUUUAUGAACUGGUGUACUAUCAAUAUAUAUCGUAAUGUAAAUUUGUACAGGUACAAAAUAUAUAUAUAUAUACAAUUGCAAGAGAA